AUGUCCCAAUCCGAUCAACCUCAAGGCAAAGAGAAUGCCGAGAAGGAGCCAACGCCUCCCACUGAGGCGGAGGCCGAUCUCCAGGUCGAGGGCGAGAUCGAUCAAGGCCUAGACGCCUUGGUAACACUUACGAUCAAGCUUCCCAAUGAGCCUGGUCAGAUGCAGAUCACGGUGUCCCCCCAAGAGCAGGUCCACGAAGUUCGGCAGUCCAUUAUCGACCUUCCCGUGGCGUUCCAGUACACUUGCUUUCACCUGGAGCACCGCGGGCAACGCAUCAAUGACUUUCUACCGAUAUCCGACAUCGAAGGCCUCGUCGAAAGCCCCGAGGUCAUAUUGGUUGAAGACCCAUACACAGAGAAGGAGGCGCGUAUACACCUAGUGAGAAUCAGAGAGCUCAUUGGUGCCGCUGGAGACCGCACCGACGCUGUUCAGGGGAUUCUGCCUGGUCUUUCUCUGCUUGACACUGUCUUGCCGCCGUCCGCAGAACAGUCCAACAGAGAGCAGAACGAGGCUGCCAAGGAGACAAAAGAGGAGUACAGCUUUGGGGUGCCGGUUCCAAUCUCGACUUUGCUGCCUCCCGUCGAGGAGGAAGAAGUACCCAAGACGGUCAAGACCAUAACUCUCUCGCCGUGGAACCCGCCGCCGCCCCACCUGAAGCAAAAGGGACAUCUUUUGUACCUGCUCGCUACUACUAACGAGGGUGAGCAACACCAGAUCACAGCCCACGUUGGAGGAUUCUUCAUCAACAAGUCCUCCAAUGCCAAGUUCGAUCCUUUCCCUCGACCGGCACCUAAGACAGCCUCGAAUCACUCUCUGCUCGGGCUCCUCGACCAGAUAUCGCCAUCCUUCUCAGCGUCUUUCCUCAAGCUCCAGGAGUUCAACAACCGCAAGGACCCUUUGGCGACUUUCCAAAUCACCAAUGCGAUACCCUCUGCGCCAUGGAUCGUGCCGUCAUCCAACUCUCCCCUCUGCACUCACACUCCUGACUGGACACGUUCCCAGGAGACCUAUCUCAUUGCAGGCGCCGAUAACACCGAUACGCUAAGAGACUGGAACGAGGAGUUCCAGUCUGCAAGAGAGCUCCCUAGUGAAACUGUCCAGGACCGAGUUUUCCGCGAGCGUCUUAUGUCCAAGCUCUUCGCCGACUAUAACGACGCGGCCACUCGCGGUGCCGUGCUCGUUGCCCGCGGCGAGAUCCCUCCCCUGAACCCCACGGAAUGCAAAGAUGCCCAGAUUUUCGUUUACAACAACAUUUUCUUCUCUUUCGGUGCCGAUGGCGUGAAAACAUUUACUUCCGAGGGAGGCGAUGAGGCAGCUCGUGUUGCCACUGGCAAGGAUGUUGCAGGAGUCAGACUAGUGAACCAGCUUGACAUUGACGGUCUCUUCACCCCUGCCACAGUCGUUAUUGACUACCUUGGCAAGCGCAUUGUUGGCCAAAGCAUUGUUCCAGGUAUUUUCAAGCAGAGAGAGCCCGGCGAAAACCAGAUCGACUAUGGUGCUGUGGAUGGCAAGGAGAACGUGGCGGCGGACGAGCGAUUUGCCAGCGUUUUCUCGAAGCUGUCCCAAGCCAUCAAGGUCAAGAAGCAUGCUGUCUGGGAUAAGGAUGGCAAACGGUUUGAUCUUGAGGCCAGUGUGGAGACCAAGGGCUUGUUAGGAACCGAUGGACGAAAAUACGUACUCGACCUGUACCGUGUGACGCCUCUGGAUAUUGACUGGCUGGAGGAGGAAGGUGACGUCGAGUACCCCCACCGUAUGGCCGUCCUUCGCCCGGAGCUGAUCGACUCAUACGGGAGGAAGAAGAUGAAGGCUUGGGUUGACGAGGAGCUGGCACGCCGUGGGCAGACUUCCAAGGGUGCAACUGGGGAUGAAAACCCGGCCGAGCCCAAGAAGAGCAAGGAUACUUCUGCGAACGAGGAAGACAGUGACGAGAGUGACGACAGCGAAGAGAGCGAGAGUGAGAGUGACAGCGAGAGCGAGAGUGAAAGAGAAUCGGAGCCCAGCAAAAAGGUGGUCAAGGCGGAGAAGUCCAAGACAACGGAGCUGGAGGAUUCAAAAGAGCCGAAGGAUUCGAAAGAUCACAUCGACCUUUCCAAGUUCGCAUUUUCUCUUAACCCCGAUGUCUUCAGCGGACAAGUACCCCAGACCGACGCUGAGAAGGCGGAGAUGAAGAAGGAUGAGGAGGAUGUUCGUCUUGCGUCUAAGUACCUUCGUGACCAGGUCAUUCCUGACCUCGUCCGUGACCUCACCGAUUGCGAUAUUAGCUUUCCUAUGGAUGGUCAGUCCCUGGGACGUCUCUUGCACAAGAGAGGCAUCAACGUCAGGUACACUGGAAAGGUGGCAGCGCUCGCCUCCGAACCUCGCCUGCAGUGCCUAAAGGAUAUUUGCAUCCAGGACAUGGUCGCUCGAUCCUUCAAGCAUGUCGCCGCAAACUACCUACGGCACUUGCCGGCACCUUUGUCAUCGGCCUGCAUCUCUCAUCUUCUCAACUGCCUCUUGGGCUACAAGCUGAGCCCUCAGCCAGCCGCCGAGUCUGACGCUAUUCUGAAGUCGCUAUACGCUGACGCCGACUUUUCCUACGAAGAGGUAACGCCGGAGUCCCUCCGUGCCAGCAUUUCCCAGGAGACUCUGAAGAGAUUCCGGUACAGGCUCGAUGCCGACUGGUACACCAACCUUAAGCCCUUGCAGGUGCUUCGUGAGAUCUCCCUCAAGCUUGGUUUCCAGCUGCAAGCAAAGGAGUAUAACUUCACGGACAAGCCGGUCGAGCAGGCGGGCUCACUUCCUGCCACCAAUGGUAGUCCUGCGACCAAUGGACAGACCAAUGGAGAGGGGAGUAAGAAGAAGAAGAACAAGAAGGCGACAACCAAGGAAGCGAUUCCGACGACCCCGACCCCUGCUCCUACGACCACGUUCACAGCGGACGACAUUGUCAACGUUGUGCCCAUAGUAAAGCACUCAUGUCCCCGCAGCACUCUUGCAGAGGAGGCUCUGGAGGCUGGUCGAAUCUCCAUCAUGCAGAACCAGCGCAAGCUUGGCCAGGAGCUCCUUCUCGAGUCUUUGUCUCUGCACGAACAGAUUUAUGGCAUCCUUCACCCCGAGGUCGCUCGUGUCUACAAUACCCUAUCUAUGCUGUACUACCAGCUGGAUGAGAAGGAAGCGGCCGUCGAGCUCGCCAAAAAGGCUAUCGUCGUCUCCGAGAGGACUGUCGGUGUCGACUCGGCGGAGACCCUGCUCAACUACCUCAACCUGAGCUUGUUCCUCCACCAAGCUGGCGACAGCAAUAGUGCGCUUAUCUAUGCCAAGCACGCGUUGAAGCUAUGGAAGAUCAUCUAUGGCGCCGACCACCCCGACUCUAUCACAACCAUCAACAACGGCGCCGUCAUGCUCCAGCACCUCAAGGCGUACCACGAGUCCCGUCUGUGGUUCGAAGAAUCCCUUCGCAUCUGCGAGAGCGUUUUCGGCAAGAACUCGAUCAACGCCGCCACCCUCCUUUUCCAGCUCGCCCAGGCUUUGGCUCUGGACCAAGACUCCAAGGGAGCCGUCAGCCGGAUGCGCGAGUCCUAUAACAUCUUCCUUGGCGAGCUCGGACCCGAGGACAAGAACACCAAGGAGGCCGAGAGCUGGCUGGAGCAGCUGACGCAGAAUGCUGUGUCAAUUGCCAAGCACCAAAAGGACGCGCAGGCUCGCCGUCUCCACGCGGGCAUCCGCUUCACACCCAAGGGUGCGCCCUACCAGGCUUCCGCUACUGCCCCAAGCGUUUCAGCUGGACCAAGCACCAACUCGCAGUUGGGCAACCCUGCGGGCAUGGACUCGCGCAGCAUCGACGAGCUGAUCAAAUUUAUCGAGGGUGCCGACCAAAGUAAGCCCUCAAAAGGAAGGCCGAGCCGAGGCAACCCUAAGAGGAGGGGCAAGUCUUCGAAAUGA